AUGGGUGGACCCGUCACCCCCAAACCCGUCACAACAGCUGACCGGACUGGUACCACGCAGACACCUGCACGCGCUCGCGACGCCAUUGAUCGUAUCUUCUCCCUCAGACCAUACCCAGACGCUCGAGCAGACUACGCAACUCACGCCACGGAUAUCAGUAGUCUCAUGCGUGGACCCGUGCCCAUUGGAGUCUUCUUUGACGAUUUUGUACCUUUGCAUGGCGAAGACUGGGAUAGGAGCGUUCUAUUCGGUUUGACAAAGAAGGGAAAGGAGGUCAAAUUCACCGAGGAGAACAUCAGAUCCAGAGCUCAUGAGCUUGGGUUAUGCAAUGGCCAAGUUUUCCUCGCCGAUACGCACAACAUCCCCUGUCUGGCUUACCAGGAUGGCACGGAGCGAGUGCUACGUCGCCCCGACAUGCUCGGUCUCAGCGAGAACCUAGUCGAUGGCCCGGUCUCUGACGUCGACAGGUUGCGGGACAUGGCAUCUCUCACCGAAUGGUUCGUCGAUCUCAAGAGGGCAUUUCAGGACCCAUGGGGGUACUACGCAUGGGAGAAAAACUGGUCCUGGGACUCGAAAGAGAGCAUUUGGGCCCGCGGGCAGUUUGCGAUGUAUUCGCAUCUAGUCUUUGAAGCUGGACACAGGAUCUUUGGGUUCGGCAUCGUGAUCAUGCCGAAAGUCGCCCGCCUUCUUCGUUUCGAUCGCAGUGGCGUCGUAUUCUCUCAACGCUUCGACUGGCGUAGGCACUGGGCGCUACCUACCUUCUUUCACCGCUACGAGCGCAUGAGCGGUGCCGAGCGCGGAUGGGAUACCUCCGUUUCGCGUCUCUCUCCUACCGACACCGAAGCUUUGCUGGCCGACGGUACCAUUCAGGACAUGAUCAAGGCGCUUCCAAAGCAGACUGUCGAGCCCCUCACCCUCGUCAACGGCGGCCUCUUCAAAUUCGACGUCUGGGAUGAGGAGUCACACUCCCUUCACACCUUGAUCGCAGGCCUACCCCAGAUGCGCACGCAUACGUUGACAGGUCGCUCGACGCGCUGUUACAUUGCAUACAGCGAAGAAGAGAAGGCGUUGGUGUACCUGAAGGAUACUUUCCGGGUUGGGCUCGAGACGUUGAAGAAGGAGUCGGAGGUGUACCGUGUCUUGGAGAAAGCGGGCGUCCCUCACCUACCUGGGUUCCUCUAUGGUGGAGAUGUUCCGGCCACUCAUCCCGACGACUUGCGCCGCGCUGCUCCCGUGUCCGAAGAAAACGGCGCAUUGGAGUCUCAGCCCGCCACGCCGUCUCCCGCGAGGCCGACUAACGCUGUUCAUCCCUCUUGGGCGACACGCUCUAUCCCCGUGCAGACGACGCGCACUGCUGACUAUAACGGUGCUCCGUGGUUCAAGAAGCGGGACAAUAUGACGCGAGAUCCAGAACGCCUGAUACACCAUCGUAUCGUCCUCAAGAGGAUCGGGAGGCCCUUGCGAGACUUCGAGUCGACAAAACAGCUCUGUACCGCCUUAUGUGAUGCCAUAGAGGCACAUGCCGCCGCCUACGAUGCCGGGGUCCUCCAUCGAGACGUUUCCGGCGGCAACAUUCUCAUCGACACGAAUGGUCACGGAAUGCUUAUCGACUGGGAACUUUCUCGUUUCACUGAUGAUGCUUCACCUGCGCAUCGCGAGUAUCGAACGGGAACAUGGGCCUUCAUGGCUGCCGAGCUGUGUCAAAAUCAGCGCGCCACUGAUCACCUUCUGCGCCACGACUUCGAAUCAUUCGUGCAUGUUCUCUUCUACCACGUUUUCCGCUACUGCAAGAUGGAAGGUGCAUCACCACAGGCGAUCCAUGCUGCGAUGGUCAACGUCUUCGAGGACAAGAAGAUCAUUGACGACGGGCACAAGGGCGGGCAGACCAAGAAGACCUACGUCUCCGACCUCUUGAGCGAGUUCGACCAAAGCGACGUCGUUGAUGUCAGCCCUCUUCCGCAGGGUCUCAAGGAUCUUCUUGCCGAUACUCGAGCACCUUUCAAGAUAUUCUACGCGAGGCUCGAUGCGCGUCGUGCGAAGGAGUCGGAGCGUAAAGAGAGGGAGACCGUCGUGAAGGACUUGGGAAAGUCUUCGUACUUCUUCAACAUGUGGAAACGGAUCGUAUGCGACGAGUCUGCCUGGGCGCUCGACCACGACCCUGCCGCCGCUGACCAAUUCCCACCCGCGAUCGUCAAGCAAUGGGAGGAUGCGCGACGUGGGAAGGCCGAACCGCAUUCCUCUCAGUCGAAACGCCGGAAACUGACUUCGACGCAUUCCGUGCCCGUGAUGCCUGUUCAACGUACGACAAGGAGUGGAGCGCACAAGCUUCCGGGAGUGGACUCGGUGUCUGCUAUCACCAGGUUGAAGCCUGGUGUUACGUCUAGGACCGGUGGCAAGCGCAAAUUAGAUGAAACUACCAUCGCCGAGGAAGAAGAGGGUGAGUCGGACGAUGGCGGUAGGGCAUUUGAGCCGUCCGACGAUGAGGAUCAAGAUGCUAGCGGUGAUUACAUCAACAACUGA